CUUACUUUUGCCUCAUUUUGGAACCUUUGGGAGAUAAACAGAUUUGGGAUCUUCAUGUGUGACAAUGAUGGAUUCAGAUUCUGCAAACAAAUUAUUUCAGGGUCCAACUGAAAAACCUCUUAACUUUGGAGAAGGAAGAUGGAGAAGCCACUGGUUUUCUUUUCUCAUCUAAAUAUGUCAGACCAAAAGGAAAAAACUUUCUACAAGGUGAUUCACGCAAUAGGGAAAGAAGCAUCAAACAAAAACAUAAAAAACAGAGAUAAGGAAAAGAGAAAUAGACUGAGCCUUCUCGUGCAGAAACCUGAAUUCCAUGAUGAUGUCAACAUUGGGAGAUCUGGGAACUUGACCAAAAGCAUAAGUGUCUCCCCUGAAGAAGCAGUGAAAUGGGGUGAAUCCUUUGAUAAACUGCUAUCCCAUAAAGAUGGAUUUGAUGCUUUUACCAAGUUCCUUAAAACUGAAUUCAGUGAAGAAAACAUUGAAUUUUGGGCAGCCUGUGAGGAUUUCAAGAAAAGCCAAGAACCCCAUCAACUGUUCCAUAAAGCAAAAGCAAUAUAUGAGAAAUUCAUACAGAAUGAUGCUCCACAGGAGGUAAACCUUGACUUUCACACCAAAGAAAUAAUUUUUAAGAGUAUAUCCCAACCCACUAUCCACAGUUUUGAUGCUGCUCAAAGCAGAGUUUAUCGGCUUAUGGAGCAAGACAGCUACACACGGUUUUUGAGAUCAGACAUCUAUUUAGACUUAAUAAAUGGAAGACCUCUGAAAACAACAAACCUUCGAAGGCGAUCGCGCUCCUUUACCUUCAACGAAUUCCCAGAUGAAAAACCAGAUAUUGCCAUUUGGCUAUAAAAACCCUUAAU